AUGAGAAUGCCCUCCACCUAUCGUAUGCCCGCCCCAAUGGGACGCCUAGGCGCAAACGACAACGAAAGCGAUGACGAUCUUGGAGGCAUCAAUAGCACAGUCCAAGUGGGCAUGACUGCCGAGACUAGAGAUCUCUACAGAAAAGACUGCGACGACCCCUGGCAAGAAUGGGCUCCCGAAGACAUUGGCGUCAACGCCAACUCAGCCGCCGCAGCCGCCAAGUUUGCCCUCAUCAUCCGCCGCCAGAAGCACCGCGACGACAAUGGAGACCUCGCUCUCGCUCUGUUCUCCAUCACGGUACAGAGCCCGCUGAUCAAGAAGCAGUUGAGUUCCGUCUUUGAUGGGUACAAGGGCAUCAACACAAACUUGAGGAAGCUCGACUUCAAGGCUCCCUUUCACGAAUUCUUUUACCGAUGGGAAGAGUUUGUGCAGGCCAUGCCAGCCGAGGCCGAGGAGAACGAGGUUUCGAGGAGUCACUACAAGCUUCUUUUCGACACCGUCUCCAAGGAGAUGACGCCUCACAUCGAGCAGGUCACUGACCUGGUCAAGAAUAAUGUCAUCUCUUUUCAGUAUGUCUGGGCUCUAUUUGAGCCUGGCAUCGAGGUCUACACCAGAGUCGAUGGCCACGACCGCAUCCUUGUCCUCGUCCAUGGCGAGUAUCAAAAGACCGACUGCGGCAUCAUCUACAACCUCUCGUGUCGCUACGUCGACACUGACGGAGAGCGCUUUGGAUACAGGAACAUGGACAUCGUCAUCCAACCGUUCGGGAACUUGAGGCCUAUCCUGGAGCUCGACGUUGUCCCCAGCCGUCUGCAGCCCAACAUUGAGGCCAUCCGAGAGCGGCUGGUAGAACGAGGCCAACGCUUCGUGGCGCUGAAGGGAGUUCACCACAGAUCGUACACUGGUGUCUAUGAGCGAGCGAACCCCCCCGCUGGACAUCCAAAAAAGCAGCAUGUGGUUGAGGAAAGAAUCGUCAUCGACGGCAGCAUGUUCUCCAAGUACGUCGAUGAGCAUCAAGGACGGAUGCCACCUCUUAUCCCCCUCGACGAGUCGCCACACGGGGCCAAUUCGGACAUUGAGAAGAGCCUAGACCCUCAAAUCCGUGAGAAAAUGGGUUCCCGACCACCUCAACCGCCUAUGUAUCGGAUGAGACAGGUUGCCCCCAGUAGAGGGGGACGAUACGCUGCUCCCAUGCCUAUCUCCAUGCCUAUCCCAAUCAUGGACACGGAAUCGAGGCCAGUGGCGCCGGAGGACGAGAAUCUCCCUGACAAGUACUACCAUCUGUGUACACACGUAGUCAGAGGGUUCUGCCUCAAGGCAAAGGACUGGGGAUAUCUCGACAUCGACCUCAUCCAGGACAUUGUCUGGAGCAACACUGCGUUUGACCAGCUUGUUCUGCCGCACGACUAUAAACGCAUUAUCCGGGCAUUCGUCCAUGCUCAGAUCUCUGGACUGGAUAAUUUUGACGACGUGAUCAAGGGAAAAGGACGGGGCAUCAUCAUGCUCCUGAGUGGAGAGCCAGGAACUGGCAAGACCCUCACAUCAGAGUCAGUCGCCGAAACCAUGCACAAACCCCUAUACGGCAUGAGCGCUGGCGAACUCGGUGACGACGCCGGCGAAGUUGAGGAGAAUCUAAACCGCGUCCUCGAACUGUCGACAAAAUGGCGAGCCGUCCUCCUCGUAGACGAAUGUGACGUGUUCCUCGAGCGCCGCUCAUCAUCUGACCUGCAGCGCAACAAGCUAGUCGCCAUCUUCCUCCGUCUGCUUGAGUACUAUCAGGGAGUCAUGUUCCUCACUACCAACAGAGUCUCGUCUUUCGACCCCGCCUUUGAGUCCCGUAUUCAUCUGACUAUCCACUACCCGAAGCUGGACAUCAAUUCUAGAUUGCACGUGUGGAAGACGUUUGUGAAGAUCGAGACCGGUGGUGUCUCAGAAGCUGAGCUUGGGGAACUUGCCAAGGAGGAGCUCAACGGGCGACAGAUCAAGAACGUGGUCAAGACGGCGAGGCUGUUGGCGUCUGAAGAAGGGGUACCGCUUUGCUCGGGUCAUAUCAACACGGUGUUGCGCAUCAAGAGGGGGAAUAUCAAGAUGGACUAA